GUGGUAACAGUAGUGUGAGUGGUCUCCGGCGGUGCGGUGGUCGACAAUACUUUCACGACCAUGAAGCUGUUCUGGUGCUGUUUUGCAGCAGCGUUAUUAAAUCUUACCAACGCUGCUGUGGACGUAGAGAAAACAGUACAACAAGUUCAAAGUAUACUUAAAGCAAAUACAUUAUUGCCAAGGCUUACAAGACAAGAAAUAAUAGACUUGUUAAAUGAUAUAAGAGCUGAAGAUGCAAAAACUAGGUCAACGUCAAAAGUAAAAUCAAGUGCAAGCAAAACCACCACUACAAAAUCGGCAAAUAAAAGAGUAGCAAUUGAUGUUGUAUCAACGACAGCGUCAUAUAAAAAUUAUCAUGAAAAUGAAAUCAACACCGCAACUCAAUCGACUAAUUUAUUAUCAAACCUUGCUGUCGAAAAUGAUAACGCUGUAUCCACAUCUGUGGUUAAAAGUUUGGUAGAAUCGACAACUAAAUCUAGUGGGGCAACUUUAACAGUCGUUUUGCCUUAUACACCUAGAGAUGGAUCUUCAUUACAAGAAUUAUAUACGAAACCUCCACGACUUCAAGUAGUACCAGAGGAAGUUACUCCGAAACCUACAAAAACAAAAACGAAAGAUCAAAGUUCUCAAGCACUCAAAACAGCAAAAACUAAGAACACACUUGAUUUUGACCUCCCAGCUGAGUUGCAAGCAUUUUUAGAUUCUCAUGGAUUGAAAGGCACACCUGGCCAAGAUAACUUUUUGUUACCUCUCGAAGGAUUUAAGCCUCUACCACCACCAAGAAUUGUAGACGGAACUGUGCAAUUACCAGAGAAUUUACUUCUCACUUAUGAUUUAAUCUCACCGUCAGAUUUAUCUACCUUAAACAAUAAUGACCAAAAGUUCGGUCAAACUAAUUUUCUAUAUGAACCCUUACGUCCACAGUUCCCAUUCGAACUAGACACUUCGUCAUCUGAAACAAAACAUACUGUACUCCCACUUGAUUUACCAAAACCUAGAAAGACCAAAGCAGUAUCAAAUACUCCAAAACCUAAUUAUGAACCUAUAGAUUACGAGGCUUUUAAAGUUAUUCCUCUAAAUCAAGGCCCUAGUCCUGUAGAAGAUGAUGUCGUUGUUGGCAUUGAUCAAAGUAAAAGACAAGCUAAUGUAACUGAUGAAUCAAGUACAACAACCACUUCUACUACUGAACUACCCAAUGUCGAUACCGAUACAAAAAAUGCAGAAACCAGUGCACCGGAUGCUAUUCCAUCUGAUUCAGAUACUGGUGCAUCAUUCGCAGAUCUAGAAGAUUCUUUUGGAGGAGCAGCACCUGUAGAACCCGGGGAUUCAGAGCUUCCACCCCCAAAGAAAAAUGGUUUUUACUGGAUGGUGGACUGGAAUAGUUUUCUAGAAGUUGGAGAUGGAGAUUCUAAGGUUAAUAUUCGAUUUGAGCCUAAAUUAGGGGAUCCACAAAUGUUCUUACCUGUAAACGUCCCAUAAAAAUGUAAAUAUUUAAAGACCAUGAGUAGUGUUCUAGUCUAGUGAAAUUUAGUAAAAAUAAGUCGUAAAAACGAUCUCCGAACACAUUUCGAGACAUAAUAAAAAAAAAAAAACGAAAUAAUAAUAUUCAAUAAAAAAGUUUGACCUCCAAGAAAUAAAAUAAAAAUGUAUAAGUGAUGCAUAAUUUUGAGUGAGGUAUAGUGUUUAUAGUGAAAUGCAUGACAGGAAUGCAAUCAGUCGGGUCGUGAUUGCUGGACCAGAGCAAGUAAAUGAAAGCAAAGGAGCGAAAUCGUUGCGUGUUACGAUACAGUGACUUCAUAUAUUGCCAUUAUUAGCGCAUGCUUGUAAAUAGCUUUUAUUUUAUUA